AGGGUUCAAUAAUCUCCUUAGCAAGAUUGGUGGUUUUCUAAAUGGUGUCAGCUUGAUUUUUCCUUCUUGGCAACAAAGUGAAAAUGAAGAAGCCGGAUCUGCCCUGCUCUGCUUUGUCCUUCCGCCGGCUGCUCUUGUUGUGGGUGAUUUCUGGGCAUUUUUUUGGAUUGCGUGAUUCUUCUUCCACUGCCGCCGACUUCUCUUCCCCCUGCAGCUCCGGUUUUAGCUGGAGAAUUAUGGUUUCUGAUCGUUCUGUCAGUUUAGUACGUGAAUUGAGUGCUCGAUUUAUGCGAGUGAGGUAAGUAAAUUUAUGGUAAUGCCCGUACAAUUUUAAAAGCAUAUUUUGAUUUGUUUUUGAAGUGGUGGCGGGACUAAACCUGUUUUACACAAGUAUGACUGAUUUGAAGUGAAAUGUUUUAUGCUUUUCACUAAAUUGAGCAUGCUUACUUGAAAUGUAAGUGAUUGUUCUGAUGAUUUGAAAGUGAUUGUGAAUUGUGAUUUUCCUGUUAACUUCUGUCUGUUUUGUCUCCGAUGUGGUCAUGUUAUUCGUGUGCCCGCUAGUGGGAGGUUUAUAAACGCUAGCACAUGUCGACAUGUUACUGAUAGAACCGGUUCGUUCCUGUAAUCCUACUAGUGGGAGUUAAACACUAGUAAAUCGUGUGCCCGCCAGUGGGAGGUUUAUAAACGCUGGCCGUGACCUAUAGAGGAGACGUCUAUUUCAUGCCCGUACUCGUAUCUGUUUUUCGUGAUUGCACAUGUUGGCAUGCUAUAUGUUUAAAUAAGGGCACUCCAUAUUU